AUGGGCAUCUUGCUGGCGGGCAAGGCCGUCGGUUCGCACGUCAUCCGCUUCAGCGGCCUGCAACCGGGCUUCUUCACCAUCACCACUCUCGCCUCCAAAGACAACAUCCAGAGCUUCCGCAUCAGGUCCACCCCGUCGCCCCAUCUUCCUGUGGGUCGUCAUUCGCCCGGGCGGGGCUACUGGCUGAAGGAGGACCAGGUGUUCCCCACGCUGAAGAAGCUGGUCAAGACCUACCAGGCCACCCUGGGCCUCCUCGCGCCGCUGACGGGGUCCAAGUACCGCCAGCUGCUGGUCGAGUUCCGGGAGGGCGAGCGGGACAACGUCUACGACGGAGGUGGCGGCCCUGUCGAGCAGCAAGGAGAAGAAGAAGGAAAAGAAGAAGGAAAAGGAGAAGAAGGCGAAGAAGGAGCACAAGGCGGCCCUGUCGAGCAGCAAGGAGAAGGAGAAGGCCAAGCAGAAGAGGAAGGAGGAGAAGGAGAAGGCCAAGAAGGAGAAGAGCAAGGAGACAAGCCUGCGGAAGAGCAGCAAGAAGCCAACAAACAGCCUGGGCGACUAGUAAUGGAAGAGGAGGUCUUCCUGUAUUUACAUCGCUAUCUUCCUUCUAUUUACACUUGGGUGGUACCACGUGUUUAUCUGUAG